AUGGCUACGUCCCCCCAAGCAAACGGGGCCCUAUCUCCACGGACAUUUGCCUUGAAGCAUCAGCGACCAAGAUCUAACUUCGUGGGAUGCUCCAAAAUCACCGACUACGAGCUGCUGGGCAAGCUUGGAGAGGGCACUUUCGGAGAAGUAUAUCGGGCGAGAAAUCGAAAGACCGGUACCGUCUUUGCGCUGAAGAAGAUCAUCAUGCACAACGAGAAGGACGGUUUUCCCAUCACAGCCUUGCGCGAAAUAAAGUUGCUCAAGAUGUUGUCUCAUGAGAACGUCCUCCGGCUGGAGGACAUGGCCGUCGAGCACCCUCCUCGAUCCAACGAUGUUAAACGCCUCCUGGACAAUCCGUCUGUUCGGUUCACAGAACCCCAAAUCAAAUGCUACAUGCUGCAGCUCCUAGAAGGCUUGCGCUAUCUGCACGACAGCAAUAUUCUCCAUCGCGAUAUGAAGGCCGCCAACCUUCUCAUCAACAACAAGGGCAUCCUUCAAAUUGCCGAUUUUGGGUUGGCGAGGCAUUACGACGAUGCAACCCCGAAGCCUGGCCAAGGCGCUGGCGAGGGCAAGAGAGAGUAUACUGGUCUCGUGGUCACUAGGUGGUAUCGACCCCCUGAGCUUCUCCUUCACCUGAAGAAAUACACCACAGCUAUCGACGUGUGGGGUGUCGGGUGCGUUUUCGGAGAGAUGCUGUCCGGCAAGCCGAUUUUAAUGGGCGAAAGUGAUGGCCAGCAGCUUGAGAUCAUCUGGGACCUAAUGGGGUCUCCCACGUCAGAGAACAUGCCCCUGUGGAACACGCUGCCUGGUGCAGAGGGCCUUGUACCUCGUCCGAGACCUGGCAACUUGUCGACGAGAUUUCGUGAGCAUGGCUCUGGCGCGAUAUCUCUGCUUAAGGAGCUCCUUCGACUUGACUGGAGAGCACGUAUCAAUGCCAUAGACGCUCUUCAACAUCCUUACUUCAAGAUGGCUCCGCUGCCCGCGAAGCCAGGGGAACUUCCUACCUUCGAGGAAAGUCACGAGUUGGACAGACGCAAGUUCCAUGAUCGCAAGGCAGCCCUGCCUCCAGCCCCGAAGGGGGGAACUGUGGGCCUGGGCCCGGAGGCUCAUGGCGCCCAUGCAGGUUUUACCAGUGCUGAUGUCUACAGCGGCCGCAGCGGGGCGAACGGGGCGAACGGGGCGAACGGAAGCGGAUACAGGAACGGGGACGAACGACGUCCUGCUUGGCAACGGGAUCGCAUCUUGCCAGGCGAACGGGGGCUUCCGCCGCGUCCGCCUCCUCCUGCAGAUAACUUUAACGGAAGUUGGGAUGGCAGCGAAGACCGCAGUAGCCACCGUGAUAGGGAUCGGGAUAGGCAGCACCGGGGUGGAAGGGACCGGCCAGCGAGGGGAGGAGGGGAUGUCGAUACGUAUAUCCCGAGUUACGGAAGGGAUGACGGGCGACACAGAGACGAACGGGCGCCUUACGACCGUCGGGGGCGCAAUAGUAGGGAUGACCGGCGGCCGGACCGGGAUCGUCGAACACGAAGUCGGAGUCGGUCGCCGGUCCGCGACAGAGAACGUGAUCGCGAUCGGGACCGUGACCGCGAGCGUGACCUUUAUCGCCGGUAA